UCGUAACGACAACAAAGUUUUGACAAUUGACAGUUAUAAGCGUUCAAUAACUUGUGUUUUACUUGCCGAUAUAAAUUUGGUAUAUUAAGUUAUUAUAAGACUUAUUUCGACCUUUAUUACCGAUCGAUUGUCAUAAAAGACAAGCAGUAAUAAUGACUGCUGCCGACAAUGAGUAUCCGAAGGCAUCCAAUGCCACCCUCAUUGGUGCCAGCAUCACAUAUGUGGCGGGGCUAUUCCUGCUGUUAUCUUUUGCCGGUCCAUACUGGAUAGAAUCCUAUUCAGAAAUGUUCUCAUCAUUCAAGCAUAUGGGUCUGUGGGAGUACUGUUUUGACAAUUUUAGGUACCCACCUUAUCAGUUGGACAAGUUGUUCAAUGGCUGCCAUUAUGUAUUUAGCCAUGAAUACUAUGUAAUUAGAGAAUAUCUGUUGCCUGCUUGGCUGAUGGCGGUACAAUCAUUUGUUACUUUGGCUCUGAUGCUUUCAUUUACUGCUCAAGUACUGCUUGCGUGUGUCAUUGUACGCUGGCCUUUACGCACUGUUCUAAGAUAUGAAUGGAUUUUUGUAUCUGUUGCAUUUGGAAUGGUGGCAAUCUCAAGUUUAUUCCUUUUCCUGGCAGUGGCUAUAUUCGGAGGCAAUUGUUACCGCCGAGAUUGGAUGAUAUAUCCUUCUUUCAAUGUAUUAUCAUGGUCUUAUGCAUUUGCUGUUGUAGCAUUUAUUUUGUUUGGUUUUGCAGCAAUUUUACUUUAUCUCGAAUCACGCAAACUGUAUGAAUUGCGCUCUGAGGCAAAGAAUCUUGUGGCUCAAAUGCAACACAGCCAGCCUGAACACGCUCUCAAUCAAUUCAGAGACCAACUGCACCAGCAGAGGCAGUGGAAUAUGUAAUUAUGAUUAUAUUUCGUGUUACAAAGAUAUUUUAAACUUAAUGAUCUUUCUAUUUUAUGACAAAUGAAAGCCAUUCCAGUAUGGAUGUACCAAAAAGGUAUUUAGAGUGAUAAGUUUUUAAAAAUGAUUGUAAUGAAUUUUAUAUUUUAACUAACAUGAAUCUCAUUCUGAAAAUUAUCGCCGUCCGUUAUAAAGUGAUUGAUAUUUUUACACCAAUAAUAAUAUUAUGUAGGUACUUUGAUAUAAAUGUGAUUGACUGUAAGUGCCCUUAUUGUGUUAUUUUUAAUACAUUAGUGCAUCCACACCACAGUUAUUUAUUUCAUUUUAGAUAAGUGUGUUCAAAUUCUAUCAAGAAUUAGACUAAAUUAAAAAACAAUCAUAUUAUAUAGAUUAGUUUUAAUGUGGAACAAUUUAUUUGAGUUUGAAGACAACGGAAAUCGCCAACAAACUGUACAUUAAUACAAUUUUACCUCAUUAUUUGUUACAGGUGCAUUUAAAUUGUGUUACUUAUUAACAUAUUUUUUUAAAAACAAAUUCUAUAUAAAUAAACUGGGGUGUGAAUGGAUCAUAAUGUAUAUUGUAUUUUGAUUAGUAGAAAUAUGAUUAAUUUUGGUAUUCAAUAAUAAGGAAGACGAAAGCAGAAAAAUAAUUACAAACAUUUAAAUAUUUAGUAUAAAAUGUUCUAGGAUUUUCUCACAAAACUGCAGUUUUUAUAGAUUUAAUAUUGUAAAUGUAAUGGCUCUUUUAUAGAUCAUGCUGUCCCUAUCUUGUAAUGAGACUUUAACCUAAUCUGUUUCCAUAUUAUACUGAUAGCAAGUUUUUUACCUUUACUAUUUUCUUUCACCUAACUAAAAUUAUUGCUGUAUAAAGUUAAAUUGUCACUAUUGCUACAAGCACUUAAUUGCUUAAUGUGUCAUUUAUUUCUAUUUCUGCAUCUUGUUCUGUGGAAGAUUUAAUGACCAAAGGAGGUGCGGUCUUGCUUUAGCAGGGUUAUAAUUAGCGAAAUGGCAAAGGAAUUUUGCCAAAGGUUCGUUUAAACAUUCGAUAUGCGAACAAUAUUUUAUACUGUUUUAUAAAAUAUAUCGGUUAAAACUUUCCAACUAAUCAAAUAAAUUGUUUGGAUAAAUUAAUUGCGCUUUGAAAGUUACAUACAGACGCCUAAGUAAAUGGUGGCUCAAUGGUUUUCUUAUUUGGAGCUCCUAGUGCAUUAAAUUUCGCUCUAUUCAAAAUUCUUAUAAUAUAAUGGCAGCUAUUAGCCGUAAUCAGUGGCCUUAAUUUUAAACGUAGUUAAUACAGUUUACAGGAUAAGACAUACGAUAUAUUUAUGAUGCCGACAAUGUACUUAUUUAUAGUUCAAAAUAUUAAGGUGUUCCCCCAGCAUAUCGGCGCGGUAGCUGAAUUUUUGGAAGCGAUCUACUCGAAAUUUAUAGAAAAAAUUGGUAAAAAAAAAAACUAAACAACAUAUUUCUAGAAUACGUUAUCUUAACUUUGGUAGACUUGAUUUUUUUAUAAUGAAAUAUUUUGUCCUCAAU